GAUGGCGGCCGGACUUGAAGGAAGCGGCUCCAACAGUUUYAUACAAGARAUUGCAGUUCUAAGCRUCAUACAGCUCACUAUAACUAUACUUUCAAGUCUUUUUGCAAAUUAUCUCUUCACCAAUGUAUCAUAUAUCUCCAAACCAGUUUACUCUUUCAAGAUAUUUUCAGUGGUAUAUUUCUUAAUGUCAUUGUUAUUGUUGUUGCCUCGCAGUAAAAAACGUCUCUCGCUUGUGCAUUUACUSAAGUUACCAGUGAUGAUUGGAUGUUGUACAUUAUUAUUUCAUGUAAUAGCAGUUCUAUAUGGAGCUCCAUUCUUCACUAAAACUGARGAAACUUCAACAUUUGGACUUGUGAUGGCCAUGAUAACCUUUUUGCCAGCCUGUUGUGUGUUAGGAAUUGAACUUGAGACAUUUUAUAGAGUAUUUACUAGUACAUGGUUUGAGUGUACAAUAGAGUCAUAUUAUCUAUGCUGUAUAGUGAUGACUAUAUUAGGAGCAUGGUUGGGUGCGAUACCAAUACCACUUGAUUGGGAUAGACCUUGGCAGGUCUGGCCUAUUACCUGUACUGUGGGUGGAAUUAUUGGACAUUCCGUAGGAGUACUUACUAUAGGGUCUACGUUUUGCUAUUGUUUUAGAAAAGAUUGUAGAAAACGACAAUAAAAUAAUAAAUACGACUCCGCUGUUAA